AUGGCAGCGCCAGGCUCCCUGGGACUUCUCCACGCCCCGUCCUUCGCUGCGGCCAAUUGCCAGCCGGUGGCGAGCCGGGCAUCCGCGCGGCGAGCGCCACGGGCACUGUUCGCCGUGCGCGCCUCGGCCGCUGACGCUGCCAACAAGGACGCCGUCCUCAGGGCCUUCCGCGAGAACAGGGCUCUCAAGAUAAUUUCUGGGCUUCAGAACUUUGACAGGAGCAGAGUUGCAUCUGUUGUCACAGCUGCAGAUAAGGGAGGUGCAACCCAUGUUGACAUAGCAUGUGACAAGGACUUAGUAAAGCUUGCCAUGGAUCUUACCAACCUUCCGAUCUGUGUCUCAUCUGUAGAUCCUUCAGCGUUCCAUUCUGCAGUAGAAGCAGGAGCUAAAAUGGUUGAGAUUGGAAACUAUGAUUCUUUUUAUGAGAUGGGCAUUGAGUUCUCCUCUGAGCAGAUACUGAAGCUGACAAGGGAAACAAGGAAGAUGCUUCCAGACAUCACUUUAUCAGUAACAGUUCCUCACACACUUAGUUUGCCAGACCAGAUGAGACUUGCAGAGCUACUCGAAGAGGAAGGAGCUGAUAUAAUCCAAACCGAGGGUGGAAAAUGUUCUAGCCCGACAAAGCCUGGAGUUCAUGGAUUGAUUGAAAAGGCAACACCAACACUCGCCGCAGCAUACUCCAUCUCUCGGGCUGUCAGCAUUCCAGUGAUGUGCUCGUCAGGGUUAAGUUCGGUGACUGCACCAAUGGCAGUAACUGCAGGAGCUGCUGGAGUUGGAGUCGGUUCUGCUAUUAACAAACUCAACGACGUUGUGGCAAUGAUUGCUGAGGUGAGAAGCAUUGCACAAGCAAUGGGGCUUUCGCCAAGAAUUGUCUCUGAAAACUUGAGAACAGUUCGUCACUAG